AUGAAGUUCAGCACUGAAUUAUGCCGCCAGGUAAAUUGGCCUUCAUCUAGAUAUGCUUUACAACCAGAGAUGACGUGCAGGAGUGACUCAGGAGAAGAGCAAAACGAACAAUCGCCAGACGAUGACGUACAGACCCCAUUUGACCAGGUUUUCCGAGGAGGGAGGGAGUUGGUGAUAUAAAUGACAUUGAAAUUAAAUAAUUAUAUUCUUAGGAAGUCUGGAUUGAACAAAUGAUCAUCAGGAUUUGAAUGAUGACGUGGAGUUUUUGAUGAUACUUGAGAAGAAAGAACCUUGUGAGAUCAGGUGGUUUUGUAGUCUUUGUUUAUUUUCAUUCCUAAAGGCUUUCAAGACAUCCUUCGUGUUGUUACAGUACUGUCCAGAAAUAACCUAACAGUGCGGUUGCGGUUAGGUCGCGGUUAGGUCGCGGUUAGGUCGCGGUUAGGUUGCGGUUAGGUUGCGGUUAGGUCGCGGUUAGGUUGAGGUUAGGUCGCGGUUAGGUCGCGGUUAGGUUGAGGUUAGGUCGCGGUUAGGUUGAGGUUAGGUUGAGGUUAGGUUGAGGUUAGGUUGAGGUGAGGUUAGGUUGAGGUUAGGUUGAGGUUAGGUUGAGGUUCGAUUGCGGUUCAGUCGCGGUUAGGUUGAUGUUAGGUUGAGGUUCGGUCGAGUUUGACCGGUUGAAACCGCAAGCGAAACCUCAAAUUAGAAAUGCGAUCGCUUACCGUCAAUUUCCGAGUGCAGUGGUAUUACGAGUUUUACUAAUGCCGCAAUGGCAAAUUGGCAAUACCUUGACUGUGUAGAAUUGACGGGUGAUGAGUUUUACUGUAAUACCGGUUUUCAAAAGAUGUGAACGGAUCUUGGAUUGUCAACUAAAAUAAGCCUGUUAAACCUUUCAAUAAACCGGGACAUAAUUAAGCUCCGCGAACUAAAUUUAUAAACAGAACGAGUGUGAUGCCAGGAUUGUCACUACGGUGCAUACAUACUGUAUACUGACGCUUAAGUUCCAUACAGUUCGUAUAUAUUAUACUGUGUGUCGCCCACUGAUCUAGUGGUGUCGCCUAAUCGAAUUAUAUACGUGGCGCUAAGGCUUUGCUUGUUAUUUUAUGACCUUUUAUGAUAGCGUCCAUGUAUGAUGUAGCUACAGUAUUUUGAAGCAAAGGCCGCGAAAAGCUAAGCAAAAUUGAUCACUAUACGUCACCAACGAAGCACUUUCGCCUAUAAAAUGUUAGGAAUAUUUCACUUAUGUCUAAUGACAGAACCUUUUACUUUUUAAGAAGUAUAGUACUAUAGUUAUACAGUAAAUACUAGCCGAUUUCCGUGGGCCAGUCGCAAACUAAUGCAGAAAAAAUGUAAAUCUAAGCGAAGUGAUUUUAUUUCUAUAGUAAUCUGACAAUUCUGAUUCUACAGGUACUAAUCUUGAGCCGUUGCAACAAAAGACAUAUACACGCGGUAGUAAGUCUAUUAAUUAAAGAGUAAUAAAAGUGCAACCAGUGAUUUUGAUUCUAUAUUUCAAUACAAAACUAUAGUAAUCUGAUUCUACCAAUAGAUUACUGUAGUUACUGCAGUGUAUAGCGGAAGACAUUCUAUAUACUGAACUGACUAUUGCCGUAUAUAGGGUACUGACUUUUACAGUAUAUACGGUACUGACUGUUGCCGCCAUAUAUAAAUCUAAAGCGCAUUGAUUUUUAUAUUAGCCAAGCAUUGUUAAUUCCACAUUUCAAAUAUAUUGCGUCCAGUCAUGUGCUGCCACUGGAUGCCGAUUAUAAUUAUAUGAAAUAUAGUAUGCAGCUCAAAUGUCGAAAUAAAAAGCUUAGCUUUAUCGCAGACACUGUUGUCAUAUUGCAUGCAUUUUAUUAAAAUACUCAGACCUCAGCCCGGUAUCAUAUCUGCAGUGGUACCCAUAAGACUCUAGCUUAUAUCCAUCUAUGUUUAUAUCCCAUAACACAUAAGGACUUAUUAACAGUAUAUAUCAUACCUUUUUGAAGCUUUUUCUCUGUAAUCCUUGUCAGUUGGCAAGAUCCAAGUAUGCGAUGGACCGAUUUCCAUGUCUGCUCAACACGCUAUAGUGCAUGCAUGACCACCGUCGCCACAAAUUAGUAAAUGUGCCACAUUGACCAUAUGAUUCGUCAAGGUUUAUGAAUUAUUGGUCACGAUACUCAAGCUUGGUCGUUUCCUAUCCAUAUCGAAAGCAUCGAAUUUUCGUUUUCCAAGUUUUAUAUACUCUUGCUAAUAGUUUAUGUCCCGGAAAACAUUCGGCAAAAGGUUCUGCCUUGAUUUAUAGUCGUACAGGCAAACAUUACCCAAAUAUAGACGUUUAUUCAUAUGAAAAAUGCGUGAUAAUAAUGACUAACAAUUAAGGGGUUCGAAUGUCAGGUAUGCCAAUUUUUCAGUGUCGAGCUUGAGCAUCUCAUGAUUAAUCAUCGACAUCGCGUAUACUGCUGCGGAGGAGGCAGUGUCGUAUAUUUUAUAUAGAGAAUAAUACAUGGGUGCUUAGAAUGGGUGCUUGGAAAUACCAGAUUUAUUUCUCGUGUUGAACAUGAUAUCUCACGAGUGAGCGCACUUUGAAAAGCGAUAAUUUUUACAGAAAAGCGAUAAUUGAAAAGCGAGAGAUGGUGAGAUUAUCACUUUUAUCGGUGCUCGAAAUCCCUAUAAAGCAUUGUACUUUAUAUAAUAAAUAGAGAAUAAUACAUGGGUGUGCGGAAAUAGCAGAGUUAUUUCGAGUGUUGAACAUGAUAUCUUACGAGUGACCGCAGCGAACGAGUGAGAUAUCAGUCAUGUUCAAUACGAGAAAUAAAUACGGUAUUUCCAAGCACCCAUGUAUUUUUCUGUUUAUUAUAUAAACAAAAUUCAGUGAAAAACAAUAAAACGUCCGUGGCAAUGCAUUUCACAACAAAUGAUAUUUUUACAGUAAAAAUAUCGUAUUUUUAAAAUACGAUGUGUUUAAAUACGAUUUUAUAUAGUAUAGAGAGUGAGAUACUGAAAAAUACUCGGUGCGAUAUAUAUUUUCCAUAUCUCCACUAGUGAAGAUAUAGAUCGCGUGACUUUUACCAAUUUGCUUUUGAGUGUGAAAUUUCACAAUUUUUUGCUUUGGAGUUGGGACUCAAUAAACUUACACAAUAACAUUACACGGUGGCUUAAAGAUGACUUUUCUCUUCUCGUGUUAAAAACUCGAAGAUAAAAGUCAUAUCUUCGCGCCGCCGUGUAAUAUCCUCUAUAUAUAUGCAGGCUUUCUGGCAUCCUUGUGUAGAAAAGUAGAAUAAAAGUAGGACUAAAAUUUUAGGAAAAGUAGGAAUAAAGUAGGAAAAUGUGUAGAAAAGUAUGACAAAAGUAGAUUAGAAGUUUUUUGAGAUGCAAAUAACACAAAAAUGUACAACAUUGGCACCUUAGAUAUGCAUUUGAAUUGUGUUGCUGCAGAGCAGAUGCCUUAGCUUUUAUACCGCUGCAAUUUAAAAGUUUUGAGGAAAAAAUCCUGCACAGAUGAAUGAGUACAAAAAAAAUAUUGAGCACCAAAAAUUCACACAACUCCACAUCUAAUUGUCCACCCCUUACCACAUAUAUUAUGCGUGCGAGUGCAUGUAUUUGGCUGCACCAUACACCAAUCUACACUGUGCGGUAGGAGCAUAUGAUGCUUGAUUAACUGGGGGGGGGUGAAUAUUUGGAAUCCCCAGAUCGUCGGAAAGGGCACUUUCAGCCGAAUUAAUUUAUUGAUUAUGAUUCUAGAGAUGCUAUGGAAUUUUAUACUCGGAAAAUGUACUUCUUCUCUUCCCGAGAUCUUAUCAUCUGGGACACAAAUAGGGAAUAAAAAAUAAAAAUUACGAGUCCUAUACUCUAUAGAUUUAAUUACGAGAACAAUAACAUACUGAUUCGCCAAACUGUCUUAAAAAAAGUAGGAUUUUAUGAGAAAAAGAAGGAAAAAGUAGGAAAAUCAAGCAAUUUUUAAUAAAAAAAUUGGAAAAGUAGGAAAGUUGAAGAAAAGUAGGAAAAAGUAGGAAAAGUAGGAUGGCAAGAAAGCCUGUAUAUGCUAAGUAAAAACGGCAACAAUUUUCUUAUUCAUAUUUUCUUCGUCACAUUACAAGCGACAUUAUCAGACUAAAUACAGUUAAGCUAUUUCAUCUAUUUUAUAACAAUUUUUAUACAAUUACAAACUGUUAAAAAGUUAAAAUUAGAAAUAUACAAUGUUCAUGGUAUAUUGACAUGUACAAGAUACUGAGAUUAGUGAAAGAUCUAGAUUAAAAAAGGAAUGUUACUAUUACUAACAUCUUUUAACACUGACACUAACCACUUGACAUUCCUUUUUUAAUCUACAUAUAUCUUUCACUAAUCUCAGUAUCUUGUACAUGUCAAUGGGUCGUUCCAGAAAAGAUCCACACUCCCCCACGGAGGAAAUUUCUGCCGUCCGGAGGGGGAGGGGAAAGAAAAUUGUUUCUGAUAAUAGUAAAUGUAUUAGGACAUCUGAAGGGGGAGGGGAUUAACUUCCAAUUUCCUCUGUGGGGGCGGUAUAGAUGUUUUCUAGAAUGACCCAAUAUACCAUGAACAUUGUAUAUUUCUAUUUUUAACUUUUUAACUGUUUGUAAUUGUAUAUCAUAUAUAUUGUCAAAAUUUGUUAUAAAAUAGAUGAAAUAGCUUAAUUAACUGUAUUUAGUCUGAUGAUGUCGCUUGUAAUGUGACAAAACGUUACUCAAUAAAUUUAUAUACCAAAUGUUUUUUGAAUAUGCCUCUUUUACGAGUUAUUUGCUGGGCAAUAAUAUAUUUUUUUAAACCCCAGUAAAAUCUAUAUUCUAGGGGUGGAGCACUAGAGCCGGGAGGGGAGGUGGGUCUAGAAAGCAGAAAACAAAGUAUCCCAGGAAAAAUUUGGAAAAAUAAUGAUUUCUAGCUUUGAAAAAAGUUUUUUGAAGUCGUCAAUUUGUCAUAUCAAUGGAUUUGGCACGUCCGAUUGUCUGUUGAGACUUGAAAGAGUUAAAGACUUAAAGUUAAAUGAACCUGUAAAAGUGUAAACCCAAUAGGCCAAUAUGCUUUUACUUUUAUGAAGUUAAUUAUUGACAUUGUGUUGUUUGAAUCCGAGUACAAUUUAUGAUGCAACUCUGAUGUAAAUAAUAUUUGGGUUGUAAAGAUUAAAUCUAUAUAGGCAAGUCUAUUCCCUUAAAGAAUUAAAAACUAAAAAUAGUGUUCGUAAAAAUUCAAAACGUUCCUUGUGUGCAAGCUAUCUGCAUGACAAGGCACUGCAAACAACACAAGCAAUUUAACUGGGUUAUACCACAGUCCACUGUUAUUAGCAUGGCUGGUUGGGACUCACUUGGGAGACUUAAUGAAACAAAAUAUAUAGAGAAUAAUACAUGCAUGGGUGCAUGGAAAUACUGCACCGGAUUUAUUUCGAGUGUUGAACAUGAUAUUUCACGAAAAGUUAAACUGACUUGUACCCUACCUAGAUUUUCUCAAGAAGAAAUCAGAAACCCACAUUUUUGGUCCCAUCAAAGCAGGUGCCACAGUUCACCUGUGUCAUGCUAAAGCAAAAGUCAUAUAUAUGGCAUUUUCUCAUUAGUGGCUAUAGAAGGUAUAUCCAAUCAAAAUGCAUGUAUAUACUGUACUGGCUAAAAAUCGCCAAAAUCCGACUUACGCCAUUUUUGCAUUUUGCACCAACAAUAUGUAUAUAAUAAACAUUGCUAUGGGUUGUGCGGGGGAAAAUACAAUACACACGUGUGAAGAUGGGACCAAAUUAUUGCAUAAACCUAAACCAACAUAGUUAAUGACAUCUUUGUUUAACAUAAAUAAUUUAAUUAAUCUGUAUUCUUAUUUUAGCCCAAUCCAACUGAACAAGGAGUUUUAAAAGAUGCAAACCCACAAACUACACUGAUGGUGAAGCCAAAAAACACCGUGAAUAAAAAACAAAAAGUAAGUAUUCCUUUGAUAUUUUAGUAAAAUCACACGUAACAUAUCUGAAUGUGGACUUUCAAAUACCUUAUUAUAGUAAAUUAACGAUGCACUUUAUUAACGCGAGAUAAAUUAACCUGUCAUCUAAUUAAUGCGAAUUACUUUCAGGUACUUCUAAAACUGAUUAAAUUAACGCGAAUACGACAGUUUGACAUAUGAUAUACAUAAAUGUGACCUCAAUCCUACCAUAACUCCAUAAGUAGGUGCUUGUGUGGUGUAUUUCUGAAUGAAAACUGAAGUGAAAAUUGUCGUUUUUUGAUAUAUGAGAAAUAAUCUUCCUGUGAGAUUGCCUCUUGGUCAUUAUUAUAACUGACCUUGCAAUUUGCUAAACAAAAAGGUGAUUGCUACUCAUCGAGAAAGUGCUAAAUAUUAGGUCAUUUUCUCGGAAAUUAAUGCACUAGUCAACUGAAACCCGGAUCCCUGGGCAUAUGCUGGGUUUUAGCUUACACGACUUUGUGAGGAACAUACAGAGGUUUUAGUACUUGGGGUUUUAUAGUAACUCUGAUAAAAACAAAAGGUACAUAAAAAAUUAACGAGGAUCGAACUCGUUAUGUACUGCAUAUAGUAUACACGCUAUACACAAUGCCCCGUUUGCACCAGGGACCUGGCAACGAGUCGCAUUAUGCAUAAAGUAUAAUAUACAAUACUUGAAGUAACAGGCCUAGCAAGUUCCUACAAUACACAACACGCUAUGGAUAAUAUCUCGAUUGCGCGAGCUCGGGACCUGGAAAUGAGUCCAUCAAAAUGAGGUUGGUAGGUCAGAUGCCAUAUUGUCAUCCUCCUCCCCAGCCCCAAGCUGGUGCGGCCCUCACAGUGGCCUUGGUUCAGGCUGAUUGUGCAAGCAGAACAAAAUGCUGCCAUUCACUUUGUCAAUCAAGUACUUGAUAAAUACUAAAUUUUCGUAAGAUUACAUUAUAAAUCAAACUCUUCAAAUUAUCAAAUACAAUUUAUAAAAUUGCGUUGAUUCAAACAGAUAGGUAGAGGGGGACAAUUUACACAAUAAUCUUGUCGACGUUGCAUACACAAGAUAUACAUUUCUACAGUCGUGCAUGAAGUGUGACUGAUAUCUGAGUCUUGAAUACUCAUAAUACUGCAGUUUAUAGUAUCACAUGCAAUAUCACUAAAAAAGUUCACAAAUUCAGAAACGAUUCUAUUACUCUAAGUAAACGAUAUUAAAUCAUUUGAUGCCACAGAUUUUUAAAACUCUGAGCUUAGUAAUACUUUUAUUUUUUCUCUAACAUGAAAAUGCAUUCUUGUUAUUAGCCCAAUCCAACUGAGCCAACAGAUUUAAAGGAUGCUAAACCACAAACUGCGCAGAAGGCGAAGCCAAAGAACGACAAGAAUAAGAAACAAAAAGUAAGCGCGUAGUGUGUACGGAAAAGUCCUUGAAUUGGAAGAAAAAAUUCCAGGACUGGAAAGUCCUUGACAAUCAGCAGAAGUUCUUGAAAGUCCUGGAAUAAAUUUCCUAACCCUCCACCUGUGUCAACAUUAGUGAUUUUGAUUAAAAUUACUGAAUAAAGUUCAAUUAUUUGCUGGCCAAAUCCGUGCCAUUUUCAAAGAUUUUUCCCACUUCUAGCUUCUUGAAUUUACUGAAAAAAAGCCUUGAAAGUCCUGGAAAAUCCUUGAAUUUCACUUUUACCAAAGGGUGGACACCUUGUAAUUAUUGAGUGCAGCUAAAAACUUUUUUUUGAAUCUGUAGAUUAUCCAAAUCGAAGCAGAGGAAACCCCACAACAGAACUACGCUCCAGAACUGAACGCCGUUGAACCCACCACGUCAACCCAACCUGGCACUCUAAAUUUUCUAGAUACCGUAGAUCAAAUUAGGGUUCAGAAAAUUCUAGACUGCUUCAAAUCCCACGAAGUUAAGGAAGUGGAGACUCAGACUUCAUUUGAACCUGAAAGACUACGGCCAAUUGUGGAAAAAUCGGUUCAAACAGAACAUGCUAACUAUUCGUGCAACUGCAGUUCGACAAUAGCGAAGCAUUUUGAAGAACUGAAUAAAAAGCUUGACUUAUUCAUUGCUAAGCAAGAACCAUACACCCUACUGACCACACCAAACGAGCCAAAGUUUGAGUUCAAUAACGAUGAGUGCGAAUAUGCUGGAUCUGUAUCACCCUCGCCAACAUUUGAACUCCAAGGUGGAGACGUGUUCAAAAAGCAGCAGGAACGACAACAAAAAUACAACGGCAACAACCAAGAGGCACUUACCACCAUCAAUUUGGCUGAAUGUAGCUUGCCAGGAAUGCUGUAG